AUGGCCGGUGGAAGUUUGCUACUGGUGAUUACAAAUUGAACGUUUCAUGCUUCUUCAUCUCCUACGGAUGAAAUUUUAGCCCAAAUCCAAUCCAAAAAGAGUGAUGCCCAGCUUCCAAUUCCCAUACACAUAAUCUACACAUGCCUCAUGCUUCACAUUGAUUGAUGGUACCUUACGGUUGGUGCCGGUGGUGCUCAUUUCGCAUUCAUGAUGAUAGCAGUUCCUUCUCUCUUCAAUUGUUAGAGGGUCUUCCCUCGUGGGGUGUUGCUUUUUGGCAUUGAUCUGCUUUACUUCUUGCUGUUGGGUUUGUGGAUCUCUCUGUGAAUUCACUUUUGGCACUGCUUAGCCUUACUUUCUGCAUUUUGAAGAAUACCCAUUUCGAUUUCUUCCUUGUUUUUGGGUUCUCCUUUGUGGGUUGUUGCCUUCUGUAUUAAUUCGCUUCCAGGCCUCAUUAUUCUUUGAGUAUCCGUUCCCCUUUCCCUGAUCCUUUCCUUUGGGUUUCUCUUUCCUGGGGUGUUGAUUGCUUGAUAGAACAAGUAUUUCUCAUCUCUGUUUUCUUCAAAUAUCCAUAUUUAUGUGCUCUUUUUUUUUUAUGGGUUAUGGGUUUUCUUCUUCGGAUGUGUGGACAUUAAUCCUCGUGAAAAGAUGAAAGGCAGAAUGAGAGAGGGAAGAAAAUAGGAGCUGUACUCUGCCCAUUACACAUAUAGUUACAGAAUUGCAUUAUAAUGGCAGUGUCUCAGCAAACAGUCAUGGCUAUCAAAUCUUACCAAAAUCAGGCCCAGGUGCUGGUCAAGAACUACUUGCUAGCUGAUCCGUUCAUACCAUACACUUCCAUCCUUUGUGGCAUACUUGCCUGCAAAGUGGCCUAUGAUCUUUCUCAGUUAAUCAGCAGUUUCUAUAUCAAGAGUUAUACUGGUCUUACAAAAAUGCAAAAGAUAGAGUGGAACAAUCGUGGUAUCUCUACAAUUCAUGCAACUUUUAUCACAGCAAUGUCAUUUUACUUGAUCUUCUGGUCGGAUCUCUAUUCUGAUCAACGGCUUGCUGGUCUUGUUACCUUCAGAAGCUCACCACUCUCUACUUUUGGAUUGGGGAUAUCUGUUGGGUACUUCCUCACUGAUCUUGCAAUGAUUUUGUGGCUAUAUCCUUCUUUAGGUGGAAUUGAAUAUGUUGUUCAUCAUUCUUUUUCGGGAAUUGCAGUAGCAUAUUCAAUGUUCACUGGAGAAGCACAGCUUUAUACAUACAUGAUUCUCAUUUCUGAGGUGACAACUCCAGAGAUUAAUAUGAGAUGGUAUCUUGACGUGGCUGGUAUGAAGAGGUCCAGUGCAUAUCUCAUUAAUGGUGUCGUGAUCUUUUUUGCCUGGCUGGUUGCAAGAGUUCUGCUGUUUUUUUACGUGUUUUACCAUGUCUACUUGCACUAUGAUCAGGUUAACCAAAUGCACACCUUUGGUUAUCUCUUGGUUUUUGUGGUGCCAUCGUUAUUAGGUACCAUGAACUUGGUGUGGUUUGGGAAGAUUGUUAAAGGAUUGAGGAAAACUUUAGCCAAAAGGCAAUGAUGGAUGGAAAGAUGUUAAUUAAGUAGGAGGGAACCAGAGGUCCUGCUUUGGCUGCCUGGGUGUAACAGUUUCUGGCCAUCAUUUUGCUUGUUUGUUAUAUAAAAAGAUGAUGGGUAGGAGUGGAACGCAGUGUGCAGAAGAAAAGGAAAAAUCAAGGUUAUUGUAUUCCCUGUGCAAACUACAAACCUGCUUUAGCAGUCCUCCAAAUUAAUGAUUAGUUCAACUUUGGUUUUAAAUCAAAUCAAAUGAUUUCUGUGUAAAUGCAAAAUCUGUCCCACACCUAUAUGAGAUUAUUUCAAG